CCUUAUCCCAAUCAACCUCCCCUCCCUCCUUUCCCUCCCUCACUUGACAUACACAAAAGAAUGACUCAAGAGAAUGGUCACGCUCAGAAUGGCAACGGUAACGCUGCCAACGGCCUCGAGGCCAAGCUUGGUGAGUAAAUUGCGCGAGAUUUGGCACCGGUGCACAAAGGGGGCGCAGCAGAUGUGCGCGUGCAGGCGUGUGGCGAUAGCAUUCCCUGCACACCGAUCGUCAUGCUGACCGCUGUUCAUUCAUGUGCUCACCCUUUUCGCAGCGAACAUGAACGUCAACGGCAGCUCUGACUCUGGCUCCAACGGCAGCGCUCCUCGCAAGGCCUAUGUCCCUCCUCAUAUGCGCUCGACUGGCGGCAUGUCCUCUGGCGCUCAGCCCUUUGCCCCUCGUGGGCCCGCACCCUCUGCAGCACCCCCAGCAUUCCAGAACCGCUCUGCCGGACCUCCUCAGCAGGGCAACUUCGGCAAUGGUGCCUUUGGUGGUGGGGCACCUCCUCGCGCUGGUGGACUCGCCUCGCGUAACGGCGGUGGCGGCGGAUGGGAUGCCCCCUACGCAGGUGGUGGUGGUGGCGGCCACGGCGGUGGAUACGGUGGGCGCCCUGCUAGCGGUGGAGCAGGCCCUGGCGGCAUGGUGGCGGGCCAUGGUCAGUGGCGUGACGGUCAACAUAUCCCUGGUGCACACAACGCCCGCAUUCAGAAGGAGCUUUUCGGCGAAGACGUUGGCAAGAUGAACACGGGCAUCAACUUUGACAAGUACGGCGACAUCCCCGUUGAAGUUUCAGGCAACGACGCCCCCGAGGCCGUCACUGAGUUCACAUCGCCACCCAUCGACCCGCACCUCCUCGACAACAUCAAGCUCGCCAACUACGUCACCCCGACCCCGGUUCAGAAGUACUCUCUGCCCAUCGUAGCCCUCGGCCGUGACCUCAUGGGAUGUGCUCAGACUGGUUCCGGAAAGACGGGCGGUUUCCUCUUCCCCAUCCUGUCGGCCCUCUUCACCCACGGCCCUCCCCCUCCUCCCGCUGAGAUGGCUCACGGCGGCUAUGGUCGCCGCAAGGCUUUCCCUGCAGCUCUCGUCCUUGCUCCCACCCGUGAGCUUGUCUCUCAGAUCCACGACGAGGCCCGCAAGUUCACCUACCGCUCUUGGGUCAAGCCUGCCGUCGUAUACGGUGGUGCCGAGAUUGGCAACCAGCUGCGUCAGAUUGAGCGAGGCUGCGACCUCCUGAGCGCCACCCCAGGUCGUCUGGUGGACCUCAUCGAGCGCGGCCGCAUCUCUCUCGCCAACGUCCGCUUCCUCGUCCUCGAUGAGGCUGACCGUAUGCUUGACAUGGGUUUCGAGCCCCAGAUCAGGCGCAUCGUCGAGGGAGAGGACAUGCCUGGCGUCAUGGACCGUCAGACGCUCAUGUUCUCCGCUACUUUCCCCAAGGACAUCCAGAUGCUUGCACGCGACUUCCUCAAGGAAUACCUCUUCCUCUCCGUCGGCCGUGUCGGUUCCACCUCGGAGAACAUCACCCAGAAGAUCGAGUACGUCGAGGACUAUGACAAGCAGUCUGUUCUUCUCGACGUCUUGGCUUCGAUGCCUCAGGGUGGCCUGACCCUCAUCUUUGUUGAGACGAAGCGCAUGGCCGACAUGCUCUCGGACUUCCUUCUCCGCUCUAACAUUGGCGCCACGUCGAUUCACGGUGACCGCACCCAGCGAGAGCGAGAGCGUGCUCUGGAGCUCUUCCGUACUGGCCGCACCCCCAUCAUGGUCGCCACUGCCGUUGCUGCUCGUGGUCUCGACAUUCCAAACGUCACCCACGUCAUCAACUACGACUUGCCCAGCGAUGUCGACGACUACGUCCACCGCAUCGGUCGUACCGGUCGCGCUGGUAACGUCGGUCACGCUACGGCCUUCUUCAACCGUGGCAACCGCAACAUCGUCCGUGAGCUCGUCGACUUGCUCAAAGAGGCCAACCAGGAGGUCCCCUCAUUCCUCGAGGCCGUCUCGCGUGAGUCUGCCUUUGGUGGUGGCGGCGGCCGUGGCGGUCGUGGAGGUCGUGGCGGUCGUGGCGGCUCUCGCGGUGGCUCUUCCUUCGGUGGCCGUGAUGCUCGCAUGAGCGGCGGCGGCGGCUUCGGAGGUGGCUUCGGCGGAGGAGGAGGCGGUCGUAUGGGCGGUUUCAGCAACGCCCCUGCGUACGGCGGCGGAGGCAUGAGCGGCGCUCCUCCCAUGGGCAACGUCGGCGGCAGCUACGGAGGCGGAAGCACCUCGCCAUCGUGGUGGUAAGCCGCGCGCGCAUCACCAUAGCAUUCAGCAGCAAGACUUGACGAUCAGCAGCUCGACGCAGAGACGACUAAUGACGACGACGACUCAGCGACGGGUUCCACCACCAACGUAGACGGGCAAUUCUCAGGCUCAUGUUCACCACACAUAGACGGCUCUCGACACACACCCAUUCCCCGAAAGGCGAGCAGCUGGCCAGCUAGCUCUCUCCUCUUUCACAUCAAAUUGGCUCCUCUAAUCAGCGUCACCCGUUCGACUUGGCCGUGCAAGCACAUGGCCGACUUCGAGCAUCUGUCGCCAACAAACGAGGCGUCUUUCACCCCCCCAUCAUCCACUCAGCGAGAGAGAGAGCUUUCCAUCUGUACAAAUCCAUGAGCACCAGCGAGGGAGCAGCUUGCUCCUUUUCCAUUCACAACCCCAUCUUUCGUUCAGUCUUGUAUUAGUCUUCCUCCUUUCCCCAUUGUCCUCCCAG